AUACCGUCUGAUACACUCAGAAUUACUCACUAUCCUCUCUGUCUGUAGAGAUUCCAGCUCCCAGGAAUACACAGCACCGGGUGAUCCUGAUCCUGGGGGUCCUCCUCAUAUUGGCCUUUCUUGCUUUGGUCAUCCUCAUAAGCUUCCUCUUCAUUUACCAUAAGAGUCUCUCCGGGACACAGUCACAUCUGGAGGAUAAAGUCUCGAAUCUUUCUUUACAACUAGAAGCUUAUAAGAAGGAAAGAAAUUCUCUUUCCAACAACAUUCAGAGGGCUUUGGGAGCUGUGGGGAAACUGGCAGAAAAUAUGCAGAAAAGUGGCAGUUCAUUGUGCAGUGCAGGAUGGACAUACUACGGUCUGAGUUGCUACUACAAGUCAUCAAGCUAUAAAUCAUGGAAAUCUGCCAAGGAAGACUGUGAGAACAAGACGGCUCACCUGGUGGUGAUUAAUGCGGAGGAUGAGAUGAAUUUCCUGCAGAGUUUUUCACGAUCAGAUGUUUUCUGGAUCGGUCUUGCAGAGGAGAAUGGAACCUGGGCCUGGGUGGAUGGGACUUCUUAUGAGUCAACGCCAACGUUCUGGCAAGAUAAGUCCAUUGACUUGCCGGGUCAUAGUGAUGAAAAAGAGAAAGACUGCGUUCAGAUUACGUAUGGAGAUCACUGGGAAACGUAUAAUUGUUCUUCGAGCUUUAAGUAUAUCUGUGAGAAGGAAAUUUGGUGAUUUGUGAUCCUGGACAUUGGCAUGCUCCUGAUAUCUCUCUACUAUUCUGCAACGGUGUACAACAGAGGACCAUUUUUCCUUCAGGGCUUUCUGGGACUUAAACGAGAAGAUCUCGAAACUUCCAUUUGGGAUCUUCUUCUUCUACAAUCAUCAACUCAUCAAAGAUCUCCAUCAGUUUUCUAUCAGCCAUAGCAACCAGUCGCAACAGGAAACAGAAGAAGGAAAUAAGUUCCAGACUUGAAGAUACGGGCACCUUUAUCUCAUAGUAAUCUGCAACGGGAAAUAAGCACCUAUGUAUUCUACUGCAUGGAAGAGAGAGGACUUCACCCCCAACCCAACCAGGGCCGCCAUCAGGGGGGUACAGGCAGUACACCUGUGAGGCCC